AUGGCAGCCUUUUGCCAGGAGUACAUGGCUGGGGCAGAUGCGAUGCUGGUCCCAGCCAGAAGGUGCCCCCAGGAAAUUUCCCAUACUCGGAAGGAGCUUCCGGGAGAAUUGAACAACUCUUUUGAGGGGGAGCGUGACACCAUCAAGUGUCCUGAUGGAAAGCAUCUUGCUGCUAUUAACACAUUGAAGAACAGAAUGUUAAUGCUUGAUGGGAUGCCUGCAGUCAGAGUCAAAACGGAGCUGCUGGAAUCAGAACAAGGGUCUCCCAACGUUCAUAACUACCCAGAUAUGGAAGCCGUACCCCUCUUGCUGAACACCAUGAAGGCAGAUCCAGAAGAAGAUGCCUUGUGCACGGAUCAUUUCCAGACGCAGACGGAGCCGGUGGACUUGUCCAUCAACAAAGCACGAUCCUCCCCUCUUGCCACCUCAUCUUCACCAGUAUCCAUCACAGCCUCUGCGCUGUCCCCUUCUUCCACUUCAACGUCUUCUAGUCGGCCAGCUUCGUCCCCAACGGUGAUAACCUCGGUGGCAUCAGCAGCAUCGGCACCAUCAGUAUUAACUCCAGGUCCGCUUGUGGCAUCUGCCUCGGGUGUUGGAGGGCAGCAGUUUUUGCACAUAAUCCACCCGGUUCCACCUUCCAGCCCCAUGAACCUACAGACCAACAAAAUGAGUCACGUCCACCGCAUUCCUGUGGUGGUGCAGUCGGUACCGGUGGUCUACACUGCGGUGAGAUCACCAGGGAAUGUCAAUAACACUAUAGUAGUACCACUACUAGAGGACGGGAGAAGUCAUAUCAAAGCACAAAUGGACCCUCGUGGCCUGUCUCCCAGACAGAUUAAAAGCGACAGUGAUGAUGAUGACCUGCCCAAUGUGACUUUGGAUAGUGUGAAUGAGACUGGAUCCACAGCCCUCUCAAUAGCCAGAGCUGUUCAAGAUUCAAUUUCACCGUUUAGCAUUGAGAGCACAAGACGCCAGAGACGGUCUGAAUCGCCGGACUCCCGGAAGCGCCGCAUCCACAGGUGUGAUUUUGAAGGAUGCAAUAAGGUUUACACGAAAAGCUCCCACUUGAAGGCUCACCGGAGGACCCACACAGGAGAGAAACCGUACAAAUGUACCUGGGAAGGGUGCACGUGGAAAUUUGCUCGCUCAGAUGAACUAACAAGGCACUACCGCAAACACACAGGAGUGAAGCCGUUCAAGUGCGCAGACUGUGACCGAAGCUUUUCCCGUUCAGAUCACUUGGCAUUGCACCGCCGAAGGCACAUGUUGGUCUGA